AUGAGGUUGUUAUCAAGUGCUCCCGAGCAGCCCAACAAUCAAGAGCUCAAACAAUUUUCAGAUUGGCUACUCGACAUAGGAGAUAGCAAAAUUGGACAAGCUAAUGAUGAAUUUUCUGAAAUCAGCAUCCCAGAUGAGUUCCUUAUAAAGGACUAUACCGAUCCUAUCCACGCUAUUGUUGAAGCCACGUGUCCCAACUUGAUACAUAACUAUAGUAACACAAAUUACUUGCAAAAAAGAGUUGUUCUUGCCUCUAAAAAAGAAAUUGUUGACAAAAUAAAUAAUUAUGUCUUAUCACUUAUACCCAAUGACGAAAGGGAGUAUUGCAACGCGGAUAGUAUCGAUAAAUCAGACGAACUACUCAAUCUUGCUUUCGGAUUAUUGCCACCUAAAUUUCUGAAUUCAUUGCAAACAUCAAGCAUACCUAAUCAUAAAUUAAAACUUAAGGUUGGAACUCCAAUCAUGCUAAUACGAAAUCUGGACCAAGCUGCUGGACUGUGCAAUGGAACUAGGCUCAUUAUCACCAAACUUGGCUCUAAUGUGGUUGAGUCAGAAGUCGUUACUGGGCCUAAUAUAGGAAUAGAACAUACAUAUCCAGAAUAA